AUCAUAAACAAAAUGAGCAAUUGGGAAGAAGCUGAAGUACAACUUUCUGAAUUAGAUUUGCUCGCUAGUAUGUUUCCUAAUGAAGAUGAAUUUAGGGUGACGGAUCAACUUGCUUUAGCAGAAUUAAAGAAUCUUGUUGAAAGAUGUUCAUUGGAAGCGCCAUCUUCAAAAAUACAGUUUAUGCUGAAAUUAGAAUUACUGGCUCCUGAUGGUAAUAAGGCUGAACUUUCAUUGUCCUGCGCUUUUCCAUUCAGGUACCCAGCUGUUCUUCCAGAAAUUACUAUCAGAUCGCCAUCCCUAAGCCGACUGCAACAGAUUCAGCUAAAUACAGAACUCCUAGCUUACUUGAAAAAAACCUGUGCUGGUGAGGUUUGCAUAUUAAAUGCUAGAGAAUGGGUUAAAGAUCAUGCAGCUGCCUAUAUCAAUAAGGAGCUCUCAUCUUCCUCUGUGGGCAAAUCAGAUGUUAAGAAAUCAGAAGAUAUUUUCACUAGACUCUGGAUUUACAGUCAUCACAUUUACAACAAACAAAAAAGAAAGAAUAUAGUUGACUGGGCUAAGGAACUUUCUCUGUCUGGAUUCAGCAUGCCUGGGAAACCAGGUAUUAUUUGUGUAGAAGGCCCACAGACUAUGUGUGAGGAGUUCUGGGCAAGAAUCAGAAGAUUAUCAUGGCAACGAAUUUUGAUUCGUCACAGAGAAGACAUUUCCUUAGAGGAGACUGAAGAUGAAAUGGAGAAACAAAGGAAAUUUUCAAGUUUUCAAGAAAAGAUAUUUGAUGCACAUGGUGCCAGGGGAAACCAUAUGGAUCUUGGACAACUGUAUCAUUUUCUGGUUGAUAACAGAUGUGCGGAUAUCUUUCAAAUGUACUUUGGAGUUGAAGGACAAUAGGCAAGCAGCUGGGGAAAAUCAAUGGAAUGUUAA